AUGACUACAGAUCCACUCGUACCAGAUGUAAUUACAUCAAGACCACUUGGAAUAAUGGAAACAUUUUUUAGAUGUAGAACUGCUUGUGGGUUUUAUAAAAAUUUUCAAGUUACUUCAACUUAUAAUCAAGACUUACAAAACAACUUAGAUUUAUUAUAUAAAGCAUUAAGAAAGACACUUAUUGAUUAUGCUAUCUUAGCCACUAAUAUAAAAUAUGAUAAUCAAUUAGGUACUUAUGUUUAUUCUCCUAUAAAUAAUGUUAAAUAUGGUGAUAUCCUUUCAAUUGAACAAAAUGAUGAAGAAUAUCUUGAUGAUAAACAGUUUGUUACUGAAAAGUUUAUGAAGAAAGUUAAUGAUAUUACAUUUACCUUAUAUACCAAUGAAAUCUUAUUUAAACUUAUUUUGGUUGAUAAGAAUCAAUUAUGUUUUGUUGUUGAACAUACUAUAGCUGAUGGAUUAGUUGGGAAUUAUUUCCAUGAAAUAUUAGUUGAAAAUUUAGCUUAUUGUGAUCAACAAAACAACACCCAAGAAUAUCUCGAGAACUAUGGUCCUACACCCGAUAAGAUCACUUUUGAUAGUUGUAUUUUUGAUUUUGAAUCUGAUAAACAAUAUAUCAAAUAUUCGCUUCCACCACCAAUAGAUCCAUUUCUUGAAGAUAUUGACCUCGACCACACCUACAACAACCCCAAUUUCCACGAAAAAGUCACCCCUAAGGGACAAACUAAAUGGAAAGGACGUUUCCCAGAAUCAUCUCCAACUUUUACCGCCUCAUUCAAAUUAAUAAACUUCACUCCUUCCCAAACCCGCCAAAUAAUCCAAAAAUGUAAAUCGGAAAACGUAACCUUAACUUCCUACCUCGAAGUUAUCCAAGCUAUUUCAUUAAGACACAUAUAUCCACCAAACCAAUACAUGUCAAUCAAAGUCGCCAUGACAUUACGUCGACACUACGACCCAACAAAAGCCCCCGUUGAAUAUCAAAAAGUCUUGACUACUCCCACUUAUAAAAAUAUGGGAAAUUCCCCCCAUAUGGGCUUUGCCGAAAAUAUCCCAAAACUAUCUACCACCUUAGAUUGGGACUAUGUCAGGAAGAUCAACACAAACCUUUUCAAUUCAGCCAGGAAUACUCGUGCAUUACAUAUACUUAAACCAUUCCGUGACAAUCAUGACCCCAAAUCAGACAAUCCGGAGAUUUUUGAAGGUAAGAUUGGAAAACCCAUGGAUGAUUCCGUCAAGAUUUCAAAUUUGGGAUAUAUCAAUGUACCAGAAUAUCCUGGGGAUGCGGGUCGGAUGUGGACGAUUGAGAAUAUGGUGUUUGCUCAAGAUAUGGCGUUCUAUGCGGCGGAUUUUAUGUUGAAUUGUAUAAGUACCCCCAAGGGUGGGAUGAAUCUUGUGUUGAGUUAUUUGGAAAGACCAGAGAUGAGGGAUGGGGAGGAUAUGGAGAGGGUGGUGGAGGAGUUGAGGGUGAAUAUGUUGAAGUAUGCUGAGUAG